AAAUUUGAUGGCGCUGAUGUCUCUGGCACUCUGGCCACGUCAAAUGAGUUGGAGUGAGGAGUAAGUGAAAAAUAGACGGCUUUCACAGCCACAUCGCAAGUUGGAUCAGAUUGUGUUCUUUCCCGGUUGAAGUAGACAGAAAAAUUGUGUGUUAAAAUGAAGAAGCUUCUCCUUGUGGUAUUGCUGGUGCUUCCAGCAAUCCUUUUUACAGUGGACAGUGGAAAUAAAUUGAUGACAUGGGCAGAAGAUGAGCUCGAGGAUGAAGUGGUGGAUGUUGAAGGUGAGGAUGCAGCAGUUGUUGGUGAUGACGUUGAGCCGGAAGAAGAAGGAGAUUCCACAGCCUCUCCGGAUGCCGAUACCUACCUCCUAUUCACACAACCUACGCACAGCCCAGGGAAUCAGUUGGAACUCCCUGCUGGACAUCCAGUAGAUUUCCUUGUAGGCUUCCUCAAUAAGGGAUCAGACGACUUUGUGAUUGAGACUGUGGAGGCAUCCUUCAGGUAUCCAAUGGAUUUCAACUAUUUCAUCCAGAACUUCUCCGCCAUUGCCUACAAUCGCGAAGUGAAACCACGCAGUGAGGCCACAGUUUUGUACACAUUCAUUCCCUCUGAACAUUUUGGCGGACGACCCUUCGGUCUCAACAUCGCCCUUGGCUACCGAGAUGCCAGUGGGCAGCAGUUCUCCGAAGCCGUCUUCAAUGAGACUGUGAUGAUCUAUGAGGUCGACGAGGGCCUCGAUGGGGAGACAUUCUUCCUGUACGUAUUCCUUGCCGGAAUUGUGGUACUCUUGCUUGUAGUGGGGCAGCAGUUCCUGGCUGGAUCCGUGGGCAAGCGGAAGAGGGGCAAUGUUCAGCGAAAGACCAUCGAAACGGGCACCAACAGCAAUGACGUAGAUUAUGAUUGGCUUCCAGAAGAAACGCUGAGGGCUCUUCAGAAAUCUCCAAAUUCGAAAUUGUCGCCUAAGAAGGGUUCCAAUAAGCCACACAAUCAGCAAAGUCCCAAGCAGCGAAAGGCGAAACGUGCAGCUGGAUCUGAUGAUUAGAUAUCAUCUAUAAUUCUCAAGGCAUCUCAAGGCACAUCAUCGUCAUGGAGAAGUGUGUCCCGAUAGUCGGGAAAGCGUGUGUUGUGUGACAAGAAAAAGACUGGAAAACUCCUUCAGUGCUUAAUUUUUUUGCUCCAUUGUCCCUUCUUUUUCAUAAUCUCCCCUAUUCCGUAAUUUUGCUUUGCAGUGCAUUUUCGUUAAUUUACAAAUUCCCUAAAAAUUCCCCAUAAUAUUCUUGUGAAGACUUUUUGUUCGCACAGGUGAAUUAACAGAGACAGAAUUAUCUUUUUAGUGAACCUCGGUUGAGGAAAAAAAAUCAAGGAGAUUAAUUUAUAUGAGUUGUAAAAAAAAUGAUGCAAAAUACUUGGAUGAGAAAACUACAACGUAAUGUCUCAAUAAAAAAAGAUACGACAGUUUAGUAGAACAA